UACGACUGUUUGUUUUCAAGCUUCUACAAUAGACGACCCCCGUUGAACACCAACAAUGUCUCAUACGCAUUACAUGAUGCGGAGCUUGUUCUUGCAUUGGCUCACAAGUAUGUGAGUAUGGAUUCCGUCCGUCCGCAUGUCGGUAACGUCCUCUCCCAGUUCCGUCACCGCUUGUUCGAGGCUAUUGCCCAAGACCCGCCGCGCUGGUUGAACUUGUCUAUUCACUUGGAAUCAACAAUGAUUUACACAGAGGCAUUCAUCCACUGCGUGUCUUCACCCGCAUGGGUUUGGCCGACGACUGAGGCACACGUCAGCAAAGCUACUUUGUCACUGAUCAAAGAGAAAGGAGAGCAUCUUCUUCGUGCUCAAAAAGGAGUUGUCGAACAACUCCUCCGCAACACGAUCUUAGAGGGCAACCAACCCAUCAUAGAUAUGGGAAAUCAGCUUGAGACCUGGAUAGUGAUUCAAUACGUUAGAGACUGGCUCGUCAGGCAGUUGCACUUGAUCGAAUCGCCAAUCCUUGGUGCCAACGUCGAUACGCCCAAGAGCCACAUCCUCAAUGGUCACCAUAGCACGGAUCGUCUUCCCGGGAUUGGUGCGUUGUUCCGCCAGAUUUUGAGGGGUGGAGAUGCGUUCCUGCCGUACGACAAGGUGCUUAAAGAGUUGAAAGAGGCAUUCGAGUACAUGAAUCUGGACUGGGACGACCUGGCCGAUGAUCUCAGAAUGCUGAAGGACCAUGCGCGGGAGAUUGUGAGGGACAUGUGCAAGAAUAACCUCAUGCUCAACCUUGAAGAGCACAAUAUCGGUUACCUAACUUGCACCGAGUUGGAUGCCAAGGACUUCCCAUGGUCCUCGGCGGAAGUU